AUGAAACUCCAGAUCAAAGGUAGCCAGAACAAUAACUUCGAUAUUGAAGUUGAAGGUCCAGAGCUUACAAUCGCUCAAUUAAAGCAGAAAAUUGCUGCAGAACGUAACCUUGAUGCAACAAAAAUCCGCCUUAUCUAUUCCGGAAAGAUCCUUGCCGAUACAAACACUAUUUCAUUCUACAACAUCCCUGAUGGUCAUGCCGUCCACAUGGUUGUUUCUGGCAAGUCAGCAGCUCCUAAACCAGCCGAGCCAGCCCAACCAGCACCAGCUCCACAGCCAGCUCAGGUUUCAACACAGCCACUUCCAAAUAUGCAGUCACCACCACCACAGGCUAACCCAUUUGCCGGAUUAGGUGGAUUAGGAGGAAUGGGCGGAAUGCCAGGAAUGAACCCAUAUAACAUGGAUCCAAGCCAAAUCUCCGCUAUGAUGAACAACCCAUUCGUUCAAAAUAUGAUGAAUCAGGUUAUGGAAAAUCCAGAAAUGCUUCGUCAGAUGCUUGACAGCAACCCAAUGAUCGCUAACAACCCAGCUGCUCGUGCUCAGAUGGAAAUGCUCUUACAGAACCCAGAAAUGACGCGUGAAGCUAUGAAUAUGUUCCGCAGCAUGGGCGCUGGCGCUAACACAGGUGCAGGUGCAACCCCAGCUGGUGGCGCAAACCCUAAUGCCGGUGCUAAUCCAUUCGGAAUGGACUGGAACUCUUUAAUGAACAACCCAGAAAUCCAGCGUCUUAUGAACGAUCCACAGGCCAUUCAAGAUGCCAUGCGUAUGUUCGGUGAUGGUGGAUUUGGUGCAAAUCCAUUCUUCGGAGGCGCUCCAGCUGCUUCACCAGCUCCAGCUUCAACACCAGCUUCAGAUGCAGACAUCAAGCUCUUCUUCGAUGCUACAAAACUCUCACAAACAGACGAGAUCAAGAAUAAACUCGCUACUACAAACGGCUCCAAGGCAAUGAAGCAGUUCCUUGACUCAUGCCGUGCCCUCAGAAAGGAAGGUAUCAAUGUCUUCCCAGAUGUUGCUGAUUUCGGAGCAUCUGCAGCUCCAGCAGCUGGUGCAGCUGCUCACCCAGCUCCAUCUGUCUCAAACGAGGAGAGAUUCCAAGAGCAGCUCAAGAUUAUGAACGAAAUGGGUCUCAAUGAUAACGAUAAGAACAUCCGUGCUCUUCUUGCUUCCAACGGUAAUGUUAAUGUUGCUAUUGAGAGAAUUUUCAGUGGCAUGCCAUAA